AUGGGCCCCUCUCCUCGCUUCUGCGCCUUAACCAGAGGUGACUCCACGUCCCUCCCAGCCUUAGCUCUGCUUCGGAGCGGCGGGUGGAGACUGCAAGACGCAACCCUCUCUUCCGCGGGUCAGGCAUUCCUCCCCGCGCCCGCGGGCGGGAACUACAACUCCCGGCAUGCCCCGGGCUCCCGGCGCGCCCCCUCCCGCCCGCUCCAUGCUGCUCCAUCCAGUUCAUUUAAAACAAAAGAGUUUGAGCGCUGGAAGGGGCUGGGCUCCGCUGGGGGCCGCCGAGCGCCGCUCCUGGACUGGGGCUCACUGCGGGAGCCUACGGGGGGCGUCUGGACUGCGGAGGCUAAAGACUCCCGGGCCCGAGGCGGGAGGGUGGGGGCAGAGAUCCUGCAGCCCCCCGCCCCCCGUCACCCCGGAGAGAAGAGCAGAUCUGCUUUCUGGGUUUCGCUUCUCUUUCCCCCAACCCCCACCGCGGGGGCUGGGGCGAGGGGAGUCGGGUUACAGGGUGUUUGGGGAGGGGGGCUUAGGGGGAGGGUCUAUCUUUCUAUCUCGCUUUCUUCCCCCCUCCCCAGUUCUUUGUUCCCCCUCCCCACACACCCCCUCCUCUCCUCUCCCCUCCCCUCCUCUCUCCUCUUUUCCCUUCCACCACCUCUCUCUCUCCCUCUCUCUCUCUCCCCCAGCUUUUGUUUCGCCAUGCCUAGUCUAGUGGUAUCUGGAAUAAUGGAAAGAAAUGGGGGCUUUGGAGAACUAGGAUGUUUCGGGGGAAGCGCUAAGGACCGAGGGCUGCUGGAAGACGAGCGCGCCCUUCAGCUGGCUCUCGAUCAACUCUGCCUCCUGGGUUUGGGGGAGCCCCCCGCCCCCACGGCGGGCGAGGACGGGGGAGGUGGGGGGGGCGGCGCCCCCGCACAGCCAGCCGCCCCCCCGCAGCCGGCCCAGCCGCCGCCGCCCGCGGCGCCCCCGGUCGCCCCGACGGCGGCCCCCGCGGCGCAGACGCCCCAGCCCCCCACGGCCCCUAAAGGGGCAAGCGACGCCAAGCUCUGCGCUCUCUACAAAGAAGCUGAGCUGCGCCUGAAGGGCAGCAGCAACACCACGGAGUGUGUCCCCGUGCCCACCUCCGAGCACGUGGCCGAGAUCGUGGGGAGGCAAGGCUGCAAGAUUAAAGCUCUGAGAGCCAAGACCAACACCUACAUCAAGACACCUGUACGGGGCGAGGAACCUGUGUUCAUGGUGACAGGAAGGCGGGAGGACGUGGCCACAGCCCGACGAGAAAUCAUCUCAGCAGCUGAGCACUUCUCUAUGAUCCGUGCUUCCCGCAACAAGUCAGGUGCGGCAUUUGGUGUGGCCCCCGCUCUGCCAGGGCAGGUGACUAUCCGUGUGCGCGUGCCCUACCGCGUGGUGGGCCUGGUGGUAGGUCCCAAGGGCGCAACCAUUAAGCGCAUCCAGCAACAGACCAACACGUACAUUAUCACGCCAAGUCGGGACCGUGACCCAGUGUUUGAGAUCACAGGCGCCCCAGGCAACGUGGAGCGGGCGCGCGAGGAGAUCGAGACACACAUCGCGGUGCGCACAGGCAAGAUCCUGGAGUAUAACAAUGAGAACGACUUCCUGGCAGGGAGCCCUGACGCAGCUCUGGACAGCCGCUACUCAGAUGCCUGGCGGGUGCACCCCCCAGGCUGCAAACCUCUCUCCACCUUCCGGCAGAACAGCCUAGGCUGCAUCGGUGAAUGUGGCGUGGACUCUGGUUUUGAGGCCCCGCGUCUGGGCGAACAGGGUGGGGACUUUGGCUACAGCGGGUACCUGUUCCCAGGCUAUGGCGUGGGAAAGCAGGAUGUGUACUACGGUGUGGCUGAGACCAGCCCCCCGCUGUGGGCGGGCCAAGAGACUACCACGCCCACCUCCGUGCUUUUCUCCACCACCUCCUCCUCCUCUUCCUCUGCCAAGGCCCGUGCUGGACCUCCAGGUGCUCACCGUUCUCCCUCGACCUCCGCAGGCCCUGAGCUGGCUGGACUUCCGCGGCGCCCUCCAGGGGAGCCGCUCCAGGGCUUCUCUAAACUUGGGGGAGGUGGUCUGCGGAGCCCUGGUGGUGGGAGGGAUUGCAUGGUAUGCUUUGAGAGCGAGGUGACUGCUGCCCUUGUGCCCUGCGGGCACAACCUGUUCUGCAUGGAGUGUGCAGUACGCAUCUGCGAGAGAACGGACCCAGAGUGUCCUGUCUGCCACAUCACAGCCACACAAGCCAUCCGAAUAUUCUCUUAAGUCCCCUGCCCCUCAUCUCCUGGGCCCACUCCCCAGGGAUCAACCCUGGACCUGUUUUCCACUAAGGUCUUGGAAAUCAGUGAGUUGAAGGGCAAGGUGCUUGGAGAUAUUUUCUCAUUGGGGAGGGAGGGAAGAGGGAGGCCAUAGUGGCUGAAAGGGUGGGCCACUUUCAGAGCCUCUGGCACCCUGUCCUGAAAAGAUCAGGAGGGAGCCAGACUGAAUUUUACUAGAGUUACAACUCUGAUACCUCAACACACUCUUAUAUCUGGAAGCAGCUAAGAGAAACUUUUAUUUUGCCAGAGGUGGCACUAAGGCCCACCUCCCCAACUGUGUGUUGCUUUACCUGUUCCUUUGUGGGGAUAGCUGGGAGAGGGAGAAUUACCAUCUGUAUGUAGAGGUGCUCUGCAGUCCCCAGUCCCUGGCCUUCUGGUCCUGACCUCUGACCUUUUAGCCCUUUAGGUGUUCCACCUCCCAUAUCCUUUUUGGGAAACUGUCAGUUUCCAAUAGUAUAAGGGAGCUGGGCCAUUGUGCAUAGGUAUUGUGGAGGGUGGGGCGAGUAGAACUGUCAUUCAACAAAGGGCUCAGAAUAAAUCAGUCCCCACAAAGCUGGGCUAGAGGAAUCUGGACAGGGCUGCUCCUCUCUGCCGCCUGCAACUUUUCCCUUUGGUCUCCUCUUCCCUCCAUCUUUCCUUACUUUGAGUUUCUCCUUCUUUGCUUUUUCCUUUUUCUCUGGCUCUUUGUUUCCCUGGGUGGCCUCCACUCCUUUUUGGCCUUCUCCUUCUCUUUGCUCCAACCCUCCAGCCCAGCUUUGGGGAUCCAUCCACCUGGGGAGAAAAGGGGGAAAACAUUUUAAUGGUCCCUCCUAUUCUUCUCCAGGCAUUGGAAGGUCCUCUCCCCAACUUCUCCAAAGAACAGCUCCAAUUCUUGAUGAAACGUAUCCCCAUUCUCAGUGACAAUUGGAGGGGAGAACUGAUCUGGGGUACGUAAAGGGUCAAAUCCCCACCUUCAUCAUCUAUGGGCAUUAUACUUAGGAAGCAGCUCUUGAGCUAGGUUUUCUAGUUGUGGGAAUAGGGAGCCAGGAACAGGAAAGGGCCUGGGGCAGAGGAGACCAGCUGUGAAGGGUUCUGCACACCACCAGGCCAGGCUGCUCUCUAGAUCUGACAACUUUCACUAAAUCCCUGUUAGCAUGCAAAUCAUGAAGUCUCUGCCCCACCUGAGGAGGUUGAGGGCCAGGUCUUCAGAGACUGGUCAGGCCAGGGCAAAGCAGAAUUGGGGAGCCCAGAGCCUGUUCCAGAAAUCAAGUAUUGUGGCAGGCCUGGAGUCAGUCCCCUUUGCUGCCUCCCUCCUGCUCUCUUAGGGCUACCACUUCGUACUCUCCUGGUUCCGCUGGCCGGGCCAGAAGGAGUAGGGAGACAGGAGCCCCCAGGGGCCAGGAGAUCCUUGUAUAUAUUGGAUGGGACAGUUCUGAGUGAUCACUAAACACUAAGAACUCACAAGUCCCAUUCUUCCUGGGGGAGAAGGGGUGCAGGGAUGAAGGUACAAGAGGAGUUCCCUCUUCCACCAGUUGUGAAUUAACUCACCUCUCCUCAACCUUCCCCUCCAGACCACCAGCCUGGGAGGGAGAGGAAAGAGGUCACAGCCCAGAAAACUGGCCUGUGUCAGCUUCCCUCCUUCCCACCACCGUGAGCCAUCCUGAGAUGUCUGUACAAUAGAAACCAAACCAAAUGGGCGCCCCCAAUCACUGGGGGAAGUGGGGAGGGGGGUGGGAAAAAAGGAUAUGUCUGUCAGUCCCCUCCCCCUCUCCACUCCUUACCCACAGAGGCAAAAGACUGUUAUACUAGGGGGCUCAGCAAAUUCAAUCCCACCAGUACCAAAUGAGCCAGACCUAGAAACAAACACAAAACACAUAAUGAGUGACGAACACAGAGGAGAGAAAGCAAGAACUCGAGAGGGAGCGAGCUGGGUGACCAACACAGAGGAGAGGAAACAAAAAUAGCAAAAAAGAAAAAAAAAAAGCAGUUCUUUAUAAUUUAAUAUUCUAUUUUAAUAAAGGCGUUUAUUACCGUAUAAAUGUAGCAAAGAACCUGGGCUAAUAUGAAAAAAAGACUUUUUAUUAGGUAAUUUAUUAUAUGAAAAGGAUAUUUUAUUUUAUGAUAAAGUGAUCCUUAAAAAAAUAAAAAAACUUUAGAAGGUUUAGAAUAUAUGUAGGGAGAGAAGAAGAAAAAGAUACAUUUGUAUUCAGAGUUAAAUCUUAAAAAAAAAUGUUUUUAAUAUAUGUUCGGGUUUAUGUUCCUUUUUUCCCCUACUUUUUUUUGGGGAGGAAUGUCGCUUGUGUUUCUUGGGGGAGCAUCCUGGGAUUGAUGGUGGAGAGGGGCUGGGGAACCUGGUCCCUUCUGGGGCCCCACAAGUAGAUUGGAUUUCACUCUGUGGGCUCCCCCUCCCCUCUCCCCUCCCCUCAGGGGAGCUGGCAGAGCCAAACAAAGAAAGGGAUUAACCAGAAAGGAAGAAGCUGUGGGACUAAGGACUGAGGAUCCUGGGGUAUCCCCCCCCUUCCCCUGCCAUGUCCCAGGGGCAAGUGAGGAGGGAAAUCCAGAAUGGAGGCCUAGCGCUAAGCAGGCCCGUGGGAAUCCUCAGAGAGGUGUGAGAUUUAAGAGAAAUAGAUUUUUUUUUAACCAAAAAAGAAGAAGAAAAAGAGAAACCGAGGGGUUUAAAAGAAAAGAAUACUACAAAAUAAUAAUAAUAAUUCAAAUUUAUUUCAUAUAAUCCUAGAGAAAGAAAGAAUUACUAGUUACUUAGUAGAUAAUAUUCAGAUAGCUUAAAGUUUAGUAGCAUUGAGGACCCCUGGGUCCAGUAGAAUGUAUAAAAGUAUUGAAAAGAAUAGAGGAGGAAAGUGGCUAAGUCCACCCUGAGUCUCCCCAUCUUCAUUGAUCAGGGUUGGAGCAGGUUUCAAGUUAAGAUUGGGAGCUUCCAGUCUGCUGGGGUUGAUUCUGAGAAUCCUUGGAGUUUUAAAUUGUAGGAUGAGUAGACGAGGGGCUCAGUUCCCAGGAUCUUUGAAAGGAUGCACACUGAUCAUCAUCUCAGCCAGGCUGGGGACUGGCUAGAUGCAGCAGGGCCCCUCAUCCCGCAGUCUGCUGGGUAGUUCUUACUCCAACAUGAUGCACCCUCUCUUGGGGUUCAGGAUGGAGACUGCUCAGCUCCAACUUUCCUAAGUCAGUUUUUCCCAGGCCUAACUGCCCAAAAAUCUUUCUUGAAGUGUAACAUCCAUCCACUUCACUACAGAUCAGUUUAACAGCCUGGUAAGCCAUUCUGGGUUCAAGAGCUCUGAGGGAAUCUGUCCUCCAUCCCUGUUCCCAUCCAGCAUUUUGUGGAGCUUUUGACCUCCAUGACAGCAGUGGGAGUAAUGAUCUUGAUGAUCGUGCUCCUUUAAAUCUACAGUGCUUUACAAGUCUGCAAAUUAACAGAAACUAGAUUUGAAGGACUUUCCACCCAUUGGGGUACAGUGGAAACAACCUUGGAAGCCUGGAAGAGUAGCUCCCCAAGUACAGAGGCAGGGCAAGGGCGACUUGGGUGACUCCAGGCCUAAACCCUUGUGCUGCUAUCCACUUCCAUCAGUAACUGUUCAGAUAAGCGUUGUCCACCGUACCCUAGCUUCAGGCGUUUGCCUUCCCUUCAGGAAAUUUUGACACCUGGAUUUUGCAUGUGAGGAAUAAGCAUUUUUGGAAGCACUUGCCUUCUACCAAUCCCAGCAGGCAAUCAAAUAGGGCUCUUUCCUCCUGUCCAAAAGGAUGAGGAGCCCCCAACCUUUCCUUCUGGCAAGAAACACCUGCUCCGUUACACCAAUAACUGCCAUGCUCCUCCCUGACCCUACACCCCAAACACAUCUCCCUCUCCCCAGUUUACUCUUCUCAUCCCACCUAGGGAAAGAUUUCUCCCUGCUCUUUUUGUCCUAGAACCCUCGCUAGUUUGGGAUGGUAGCGUCUGGGAUGGGGAGGGCUUCCCCUUCCCCACUCGAGGGUGCGGGUGGGGUAGGGUGGGUUGGGGGAGACACCCUGGGGCAGGGGGAUGGUCUCUCCACUGUAGAAAGUAGAGUAGGAUUGUGGUCAGACUUAAUUUGAGGCAUCUAGUGAAGACAUAUACACAUCCACCAAGAAAAAUUUUAAAAGCAAAAUAAAGGCGGGAAAUGAAACAGACCCAUGAAUAAUCAAAUCAAAGUGAUGUUGCACAAAAUGCAGAGAAACCAAGAAGGGGGAGGGUUAAUGUAUUAAAUGUGCUAUUAAGAACUUAAUUUUAUUAAAAGUAUUAUUACUUAA